AAAUUUGACGGCGGCUCUAAACGUCUGACAAAACGUGCUUGGCGAUCUAAAACACACGUUUAUCGUUCGUAUAAACAACGUUUUGGUUAGAAUAGUGUUCGAAAACGACUUUGAAAGAAAUAUUUAAUAUUUUUCCUUGGUUUUUGUUUAUUUAAAAGAUCAAAAUGUCACUUCUUCGUAUAAGAAAGCCAACCACACACAAGGGAAAGAAGAUUCUGUUGAAGCGUGAGCCACAAAUCAAAGAAGAUGCAAAAAACACAUUGCUUCUUGAAGGACGAAAAUGUUCCGGUCACAUAAAACAAGUUCUUAAGGAUAUUUAUCAACUAAAAAAACCGCUGUGCAAAAAGUUGUCUCGCAGUAAUGACAUCACUCCAUUUGAAGACACCAGCUCGUUGCAAUUCUUGGUUGACAAAAAUGAUUGCACUUUAUUUAUGUUUGGUUCAUCAUCGAAAAAGCGUCCCGACAACUUGGUAUUGGGACGGUUAUUCGAACAAGAACUCCUAGAUAUGGUUGAAUUGGGCAUCAAACAGUUUAAAUCGAUGAGGGAAUUUCAAAAUGAAAAAAUCGGUACUUGUGUAAAACCCUGUUUGGUAUUUAACGGUCCAAAGUGGACACAAACGGAGGAUAUGCGCCGGUUGAAAUCAUUGUUUAUUGAUGCAUUUCAUCGUGAAACUGUGAACGCCAUUCGAUUGCAAGGCAUUGAACAUGUUUUAAGCUUCACACUGACUGAAGACAACCAGAUUUUGGUGCGUUCAUACAAAAUUGCUCUGAAGAAAUCCGGAUUGAAAACACCAAGAAUUGAAGUCAAUGAAAUUGGUCCAUCAAUUGAUUUUUCUGUACGGCGUACGAAAAUUGCUUCCGAAGAUCUCUACAAAUUGGCACGCAAACAACCGAAACAAUUGAAGACGGUGCAGAAAAAGAACAUUUCACGAGACAACUUGGGCAAUACACAUGGUCGCGUUCACGUGGGCAAACAGCAAAUUGGUAAAGUCCAAACGAGAAAAGUACGAGCAUUGCGAAAGAGCCCAGAAGAAAAGAAAUUGAAGCGUCAAGAGAAACGGGCGGCAGAAAAACAGGCCAAACAACAAGCUGAAUAAAUUAUACCUUUACUCACAUUUUAUUGGUUUCAAUAAACAAACAUACAUUUUCAUAUGGAAA